GCAUGCUGCCGGCAGUGGUGAAGCUCUGCUGCGGAAUCUCGUACCCUCACGUGCGGAGCGCCACAGGUCUGGAACGUAUAGCCAUGGCUGCUAUUGGACAGGAGAUAGCACACAUGAGUAAAGGCGGUGUGCUCACCGUGCCUCGAUGGGCGAGCGCUGUGGGGCAGUUGAGAAGCGUGCCACAUAGUGGAGAAAAGAGUGAAGUCCUGACAAAGAGACCCGUCGCUUUGAGAGAGGAGGAACUGGCGUAUGUGAAGCAAGGACAGGAAGCAUUGCAGAAGGCCCUGGAUAUCGUCGAAGACAAAACUGGGUGGAAAAUCGAAAUUUCCGAGAAGAAUGGCGAUGUUAUCUACAGUAAAACCCUUCCGGGGUCAAGAAAGGUCUUCCGGCUGGAGGCCGUUUUAGACGCCUCUCCCGAGGAGCUCCAUGACCAUCUUUUUGUGAGGGUGGAACAGAUGAAGCAGUGGAACCCCAACAUCCGGAACAUCAGGGUGCUGAAACAAAUUGGUGACAGCACAAUGGUUACCCACGAGGUUUCUGCGGAGACACCGGGCAAUCUGAUUGGCCAGAGAGACUUCCUGAGCGUUAGACAUUGCUCUAAACAGAAGUCGUGCAUUUACUUAGCUGGAAUGGCCACAGAGCUGGAGUCGUACCCUCCCCUGAAGGGCUUCGUCAGGGCCCAAGAUGGACCUACCUGCAUAAUCAUACAGCCGACUGGAGACGACACGGGGAGGAGUCGAUUCACCUGGCUUCUCAACAUGGACCUGAAGGGGUGGCUCCCAAAGUCUAUCGUCAAUCAAGCUUUGCCACGAGCUCAGGCAGACUUCACUUGCUAUCUGCGCAGACACCUGUCUGCAGGGUCUGAACUCAGGCAGCAUUGAAAUGGUCAGAAAUAGCUUCCGUUGGGAUGACUUGGGGAGAGCGGAAGCUCCCGCUGCCAGGAGACCCUCCAGCCGAACGCAACCACGGGUGCCCAAGAACUCUGCCGCCAGAUGUAACUGUUCCAACCAACAGCUUGUAUUCAGAAUAGGAAGGUAUUCAAUGCCACACAACCUCAUAAAAUGUCUCCAAAAAAAUUCUGAAGUGCUUCAGUUUACUGAUGGAUGAAUUUUGUCCUGGUUCGGUUCCUUCAGAAACCAGCAGAAGUCAUACCUUUAUUUAAUUAUUAAGUAAG